UUGGUGUCUGGGCGUUGUUUCCUCGACCGCUCCAUUUUUCAAAGUAAUUGCAUCAUUUGUAGGUCUGACGCAAUUCGUGGUGCUGUAAUUGGCAUUGAUCUGGGAACUACAAACUCUUGUGUAGCUGUUAUGGAGGGAAAACAAGCAAAGGUAAUAGAAAACGCAGAGGGUGUGCGAACAACGCCAUCAACGGUCGCGUUUACGAAAGAUGGAGAACGAUUGGUAGGAGCACCAGCUAAGCGCCAAGCAGUCACCAAUUCUCAGAACACUCUUUAUGCUACAAAAAGGCUUAUUGGUAGAAGGUUUGAUGAUGCUGAAGUGCAGAAGGAUGUAAAAAUUGUGCCAUUCAAAAUCGUAAAAGCCAGCAAUGGGGAUGCUUGGGUUGAAGCUCAAGGCAAAAUGUACUCUCCAUCCCAGGUUGGAGCAUUCGUACUUAUGAAAAUGAAGGAAACUGCUGAAAACUACCUCGGAACCACAGUGCACAAUGCUGUUAUCACGGUCCCAGCUUAUUUCAAUGACUCACAGAGACAGGCAACCAAGGAUGCUGGGCAGAUUGCUGGUUUGAACGUAUUACGAGUAAUUAAUGAACCUACAGCGGCUGCUCUUGCUUACGGUUUGGAUAAGGCUGAGGACAAAAUAAUUGCUGUUUAUGACCUUGGCGGUGGUACCUUUGAUAUCUCUGUAUUGGAAAUUCAAAAAGGAGUAUUCGAAGUAAAAUCAACCAAUGGUGAUACUUUCCUUGGUGGAGAGGAUUUCGAUCAUGCUCUUGUGAAUUACCUUGUUGCUGAAUUCAAGCGUGAGCAGGGAGUCGAUCUUACCAAGGAUCCCAUGGCAAUGCAACGACUUCGUGAAGCCGCUGAAAAGGCGAAAUGUGAGUUGUCAUCCACAACACAAACGGACAUAAAUCUUCCGUAUCUCACAAUGGACUCGUCUGGACCUAAGCACAUGACUCUGAAACUGACAAGGGCUAAGUUCGAGCAACUAGUAGGGGAUCUUAUCAAGCGGACAGUGGAGCCUUGCCGUAAGGCUAUGCACGACGCUGAGGUAAAACCAUCAGAGAUCACUGAAGUGCUCUUGGUAGGAGGCAUGUCUCGAAUGCCAAAGGUACAACAGACCGUUCAAGAGGUGUUUGGACGAGCUCCAUCGAAGGCCGUGAACCCCGAUGAAGCCGUCGCUAUGGGAGCUGCUAUUCAAGGAGCGGUUUUGGCUGGUGAUGUUACUGAUGUACUGUUGCUGGACGUAACUCCUCUUUCACUUGGUAUUGAAACACUUGGAGGUGUGAUGACGAAGCUCAUUUCUCGUAACACCACUAUCCCAACAAAGAAAAGCCAGGUCUUCUCAACGGCUGCAGAUGGACAAACACAGGUGCAGAUCAAGGUCUGUCAAGGUGAACGUGAAAUGGCAAACGAUAAUAAGUUGUUGGGACAAUUCUCUUUGGUUGGUAUUCCUCCAGCUCCUCGUGGUGUGCCUCAGAUUGAAGUCACUUUUGACAUUGAUGCAAACGGUAUUGUUAACGUAUCCGCCCGUGAUCGGGGCACAGGAAAGGAGCAACAGAUUGUUAUCCAAUCCUCUGGUGGACUCUCCAAGGAUCAGAUUGAGAAUAUGAUUCGCGAGGCCGAAAAGAACGCCGCCGAGGACGCUAAGAAGAAGGAGAUGGUUGAGGUACUCAAUCAAGCGGAGAGCAUCAUUCACGAUACUGAAAGCAAGAUGACCGAAUUCGCUGAUCAAUUACCCAAAGAAGAAUCUGAGGCCCUGAAGAAGAAGAUCGAGGAGACCAAGACGAUUUUGGCUAAUAAGGACAAUGAGAAGCCCGAAACGAUCAAGGAAGCUGUCAGCUCACUUCAGCAACAAUCGCUCAAGCUGUUUGAGGCAGCUUACAAGAAAAUGGCCGAGAAAAAUUCUGGUGGUACCUCUGAUGCUCAAGAAGCGAAGACUGCCGAGGAGCCGAAAAAGGAGCAGAAUUAA